AGCGGACGCCGCCACCUGAUCCCAUCCAGGCGCAGCGAGGAGCCGCCGGCACUUGGCGCGCAGGGCCUCCAGCGCCCGCGGACCAGGUGCGGAUUUCGGCACUAGGGGCGAAAGGCAGCAGCGGCCACCCGCACCCGGACUGGAGGCAGAGCCCACGCGUGGGGAGUUUCUCAGGAACACUGGCCCUGCUACCAGAGCCGCAGGAGCCCCCAUGAGUGCCUGCAAAGGGAGUCCUGGAUAGCGAGUCCCUGGCUUGUCCAGGGCGGACAGACACUCCACCAUGCCAGCCAUCGUCCAGCGCCUGCAGCAGGCCACCAAGAUGAUGAGCCGCAGGAAAGUCCUGCUGCUGGUGCUGGGGUGCAGCACCGUGAGCCUCCUCGUCCACCAGGGGGCGCAGCUCAGCUGGUACCCCAAGCUGUUCCCCCUGAGCUGCCCGCCUCUGCGGGACUCGCCGCUGCGCCCCAAGCACACGACCGUGGCCUUCCUGAAGACGCACAAGACGGCGGGCACGACGGUGCAGAACAUCCUGUUCCGCUUCGCCGAGCGCCACAACCUGACGGUGGCCCUGCCGCACCCAAGCUGCGAGCACCAGUUCUGCUACCCGCGCAACUUCUCGGCGCACUUCGUGCACCCGGCCACGCGGCCGCCGCACGUGCUGGCCAGCCACCUGCGCUUCGACCGCGCGGAGCUCGCGCGCCUCAUGCCGCCCGGCACGGUCUACGUCACCAUCCUGCGCGAGCCGGCCGCCAUGUUCGAGUCGCUCUUCAGCUACUACAACCAGUACUGCCCGGCCUUCCGGCGCGUGCCCAACGCGUCGCUCGCCGCCUUCCUGCGCGCGCCCGAGGCCUACUACCGCGCGGGCGAGCACUUCGCUAUGUUCGCGCACAACACGCUGGCCUACGACCUGGGCGGCGACAACGAGCGCAGCCCGCGCGACGACGCCGCCUACCUGGAGCGCCUCAUCCGCCAGGUGGAGGAGGUCUUCUCGCUCGUCAUGAUCGCCGAGUACUUCGACGAGUCGCUCGUGCUGCUGCGGCGCCUGCUGGCCUGGGACCUGGACGACGUGCUCUACGCCAAGCUCAACGCGCGCGCCGCCAGCUCGCGCCUGGCCGCCAUCCCCGCGGCGCUGGCGCGGGCGGCGCGCGCCUGGAACGCCCUGGACGCCGGGCUCUACGACCACUUCAACGCCACCUUCUGGCGCCGCGUGGCGCGAGCCGGCCGCGCGUGCGUGGAGCGCGAGGCGCGCGAGCUGCGCGAGGCCCGCCAGCGCCUGCUGCGCCGCUGCUUCGGCGACGAGCCCGCGCUGCGGCCGGCCGCGCAGAUCCGCACCAAGCAGCUGCAGCCGUGGCAGCCCAGCCGCAAGGUGGACAUCAUGGGCUACGACCUGCCCAGCGGCGGCGCCGGCCCGGCCACCGAGGCCUGCCUCAAGCUGGCCAUGCCCGAGGUGCAGUACUCCAACUACCUGCUGCGCAAGCAGAAGCGCCGCGGCGGCGCGCGGGCCCGGCCCGAGCCGGUCCUGGACAACCCCCCGCCGCGGCCCAUCCGAGCGCUGCCCCGCAGCCCCCAGAGUCCCUGAGCUCCCGGCCUCUGGAACCCCGGGCCCUGUCUUGCCCGCCCAGGAGUCGGCCUGCGGUUGCCUCCAGGCCCCGCCCCGUCAGGGUCCUGUCUUUCCAAGGGGCUUGAGUCCCAUGCUGAACUUUGGGGUGCGUCUCUCUAUCCGAGCCCAUCUCCCUAUCGUGGGCCGAACCCCGUAGUCGGGGAUGGCGCUGAUAGGCUGGAUCGAGCCCUGGGCCACCCUCUGCUUCCCAAGUGGUUGGUGACUCUGACAAAAGGCCUGAGGGCCGUCCAGAACUGCCUAUCCUGCCUUUUUCUGGGGGCUGAGCCCCACACCUGUCUUUUGCAAGUGGGAAAAGCCCAGGCCCCAGAGAGAGGCUGAGCCCUGAGGAGAGGCUGCUCUUCCUGUCCGCUGUGCCGGGCUCUUGCUCUCCUCCCAGGGCUCAGAGGCCCCCAUACUGUGUCUUCCAGGUUCUACCUUCCCCGCAGACCUAAGCUGCUCCCAGACUCCCAGAACCAAGAGUUCUUGGGUUGGGUUUUUUGUUUGGUUGGUUUCUCUUUUUUUUAAUAAAACAUCUUUAAAACGUGCAAGUUGCAUGGCAGUCACUGAAAGCCAGAUUCCCCGUGUUUGCGGAUGAAGCAGCUGCCCAGGAGGAACUGUGGCUGUAGCCAUGAGGAUGGGGGCUUCCCUGCUGCCGCCACUCUGCAAAGGCCUCCAACCUUCCUCAGCCCCUUGACUGACUGGGCUCAUCAACACAGACUGGCCUCCUAAGCCCCACUCAUUUUCCAAGUCGUUUUUCAUCAGCAACAUUUACUGAGCAUCAUGUCUGUAACCUGGAGACACACGUGAACAAGGCAGAUGGGGCCUUUAUCUCAUGGAGCUCCUGGGGAGAAGUUGAAACAGGAGCACGACGGAAACAGAGGAAGGGCUGGAGGGGUUAGAACAAAACUGCACCUCCUUGGGCAGAGCAAGGCUGGUAGGUGGGUCGUUUCAGGUAGGGAGGUGCUUAACUCAGAAUUUUCCUGCCACUGUGAGUCAUGACCUUAUUCACCACUGUUCUCCUUCCUCUCAAGGAGGAGACAACUCUGACUCGGGUGAGGACCAAUCCCUCCCCCCACAUGCCUUUAGCACAGCAAGAUGCCCAGCACUUUCACAUGGAAUCUCCCUGAAGACCAGCAGAGGAUAGGGACCUUUUCUGUCACUCUCUUCAGAGCUACAUUGACACAUCUGGACAAGUAAUAAAAGUAAUAGCUAUCCUGGUCUGCUAUGUGCCAGCCACUGUUUAAGGGCUUUACGUACAUUAACUUAUGAGAUAGGUGCCGUUUUCUGGGUGAGGAACUGAAGCUUGAAGAGGUUAGGUGACGUCAGGGUCACAGCCAGA